AUGAACGGGUUCGUCAAUAAGUUUUGCGAUGAAUAUAAUAAAAUAUAUUCAAGUGGGCAUCGUAGCGGCAUGAGCGACGAAGAUGUAUUUAAAAAGGCGUUGAAGAUGUACAAGGCGAACAAUGGUAAUACCUCGUUCGCACACGUUCGCGCGUGGGAAGUUUUGCGAACGCACCAAAAAUGGGCGCCGAUUCCCAACGAAGUGGUGAUGGCGAAGUGGCAAAGGACAUCGGAAUCGGGUAGUUUUAGCGCCGAUGGAUCGGACGCGAGGUGUCACAUAAACUUAAACGAUGACGCCGAGUUCGACGAAGAGGAAUACGCCGUGUAUGAAGCGGAGCGUCCCACGGGCCGGGACAAAUCAAAGAAGGAGCGGGCGAAGGAGAAAGAAAAGCAAAAGUGGACCCGAAGAUGGAUGAGUUUAUGGCACAAUUCAAAACGUACACCGAGGUCACGGCCCAAAAAGGCGAAGGCGAAUGAGCGGGCCAUCAAAGAAAAGUCUCGUGUGGCUGGAGAAAAGUUACGCGAAAAGGUCCGAUUGUCCGAUGAAAAGAUUCGGCUCAAGGAAUGGGAAAUAAUAACGAUGGAUGUCGAUAAUUAUCCCGAGCCGAAACGUUCGAUGUUGAAAAAACUACAAACCGACAUCAUGAAGAAGUAUCAAAUUAUUUAA